CGCAUGUGCAAGAAAUAGCCACACCUUGCUUCAAUUAAUAAUACUGCUAAAGCUAGCUAGCUAGCUAGCCAUAGCUAGUUGCACUAAAGAAUCAAAGUUACUAGUAUAGUGUAGCUAGCUCUUGGACAUGCUGUUUGUCUGCCACUAAUCUAUACCAGUAAUUCCCAGGCUGAAGACUCAUCAGAGAAGGUGGGGCUCUUAGUGUAGUUUUUGCAGAGAAAGGGGGGGCUCCAGCCCCCAAAGCCCUCCCCCUCCCUACGCCCCUGCCUACGGAGAACAUGUCUGCUGAUCUAGUGGUGAACUUUGAACCAGAACUGGACUUCUACUGUUCACCGACUAGCACAUUGCGUCGUGCGUCAAUGCGAUCGUUGCAAUCGGGUCUGAGCACUCUUCGCAGAGUGGAUCACCAGGAACUCAUGGCCGCUUGGUCCACCAGUUCAGACGAUGACAGGGACUCCCCCUGUCCAAGGUGUAAGAACAUGCAGGAGAUGGUGACCAACUAUCAACAGGAAUUGAGCCUCGUCAACAAGCAGCUGUUGUCAGCGGUCGAGCAGAAAAUUAAAUUGCAGGAACAAAAUGAAGCUUGGCAGAGUGACAUGGCUGAAAUAGUACAUCAGAACCUCUACCAGAGACUGGAGCAAGACUCCCCAGCUAGGAAGGAGAAACUGAGCAAAUCUCCAAAGAGAAAGAUGUUCACUUCGAAUAAAGAUGACGCAGAAAAGAUAUUCAAACAUGAAUUCAUAAAACAUUCAUGGCUCUUUUGAAACUUAGCUUUUGCUACAUUUCGUGUUUUUUGACUCUGUUUUAUACUCAUCCUUCUGCUAACACAAGUGCAAAGCC